AUGUUGAAUGUCAGUCCUCAUUGGAUUCCUCCAUUUCAACUAUUGGAGUUAGAACUGGGAUCUUGUUAUGUAGGACCUCAAUUUCCAUUGUGGCUUCAUACACAAAAGCACCUACUUCAUCUGGAUAUGUCAAAAUCGGGAAUUCAGAAUACCAUAUCUAGUCAUUCUUGGAAAUACUUUUCCAGAUUUAUAUUUUUAAAUCUAUCUCACAACCACAUCCAUGGGAAGGUUCCGAAUUUUACUAAGGCUUAUCGCCUUGAAGUUCUUGAUUUAAGUUCAAGUAAUUUCUUUGGACCACUGCCUCUCAUGCCCUCUGAUGUUUUUGGACUAGAUCUUUCCAACAAUUCUUUUUCAGGAACCGUGUCUCAUUUUUUGUGUUAUGGGAUGAAUGAGUCAAAGUUAAUGCAAUUUCUCAUUUUGAAAGACAAUUUUUUGUUUGGAGAAUUACCUGAUUGUUGGAUGAAUUGGGAAAACUUGUUGGUCCUGAAUUUAGGUAAUAAUAAGUUUACCGGUAACCUUCCAAGCUCCAUGGGAACUUUAAGUUUCCUCCAGUCGCUACACCUUCGCAAAAACAACGUAUUUGGAAGGAUAUUGGAAUCACUUGUAAACUGUUCCAACUUAGAGACUCUUGAUGUUGGUGAAAAUCAGUUUAUUGAAAAUAUGCCAAUAUGGAUCGGGGAAAGAUUUCCAAGUAUGAAAAUUAUGAGCCUUCGUUUUAAGUUUUAUGGUGUUCUACCAUCUGAACUUUGUCAUCUGGCUUCAAUGCAAAUCUUAGACCUUGCUCAUAACAAUUUCAGUGGAAUCGUGCCGAGAUGCAUCAAUAACUUUAGUUCCAUGGUAACAAUAAACUAUUCUGUAGGUGAUCAGAUACCGUAUCAGUCUGAAUUUUUUGUGUCUAUCGAGUACGCAUCACUUGUGAUGAAGGGGAAAGCAGCUGAAUAUAGUACUUUUCUUAAUUUGGUAAGAAAUUUAGACCUUUCCAACAAUAAAUUUGCCGGUGAAAUUCCUACAGAAGUCACAAAUCUUGAUGCCCUACAAUCACUGAACCUGUCAUACAAUUUUUUCACUGGAAAAAUUCCCGAAAACAUUGGUGCUAUGACAUCAUUGGAGUCCCUUGACAUCUCUGCAAACAAACUUUCUGGUGAGAUCCCAAUUGGUAUUUCAAGUUUGACAUUUUUAAGUCACUUGAACUUAUCCAAUAACAAGUUGAGUGGGGGAAUUCCUUUAGGCACUCAACUACAGAGCUUUGAUGCAUCCUGUUAUGUGGGAAAUGAUCUCUGUGGACCUCCACUGCCUCAGAUUUGUACUACGACUGUUCCAACACCUGACUAUCAAAACACUGAUGGUAAUGAGCAUGAAGUGGACUGGUUCUAUGUAGCCAUGGCACCUGGAUUUGUUGUGGGCUUCUGGAGUUUGAUAGGGCCUUUGCUUGUCAACAGAAGAUGGAGGUAUGUGUAUUGUAAUUUCUUGGAUCGCCUUGGGGACAAAGUUAGCAGUGUUCUAAGAAAAUGUAGCUAG